UAAUUUGACGUUCCCUGUCAGAAUCCAGGAAGUGAGUCGCUGGCUGUUGUUUGUGUUCGUUGGUUGCUAAUCGUCUCUUGUUCUUCUGAUUCAAAUAUCGAUUUCACGGGCCGAAAUGGCAACGUUUAUUUCAGUCCCGUUGAAGAAGUCCUCUGAAGUGGAUCUGGUGAAACCGCUGUCGAAGUUUGUCACAGCCACAUACCCGAGCGGCGAGGAGCAGGGGGAAUACAUCCGCGCCGUGGAGGAGCUCAACAAGCUCCGCAGGAACGCGCUGGGGAGGCCGCUGGACAAACACGAGAGCUCACUGGAGAUCCUGCUGAGAUACUACGACCAGCUGUGUGCAGUUGAGCCCAAGUUUCCCUUCUCUGAAAACCAGCUCUGCUUAACCUUCACAUGGAAGGAUGCCUUUGAUAAAGGAUCGCUGUUCGGUGGCUCAGUCAAACUUGCUUUGGCCAGUUUGGGCUACGAGAAAACAUGUGUGUUGUUCAACGCAGCAGCGCUGGCCAGUCAGAUUGCCUCAGAGCAGAACCUGGACAACGACGAGGGACUGAAGGCUGCCGCCAAAUACUAUCAGCUGGCGAGCGGGUCGUUUGGCCACAUAAAGGACACGGUGCUGUCAGCGCUGAACAGGGAGCCUACCAUGGACAUCUCCCCCGAGACUGUGGGCACCCUGAGCCUCAUCAUGCUGGCUCAGGCUCAGGAGGUGUUCUUCCUCAAAGCCACUUCAGAUAAGAUGAAAGAUGCUGUCAUCGCAAAGCUGGCCAAUCAGGCCGCAGAUUUCUAUGGCGACGCCUUCAAGCAGUGCCAAUACAAAGACAACCUUCCCAAGUAUUUUUAUUUUCAGGAAGUGCUGCCGGUGCUGGCGGCCAAGCAUUGCAUCAUGCAGGCCAACGCCGAACUGCACCAGAGUGUCCUGGCCAAGCAGAAGAAACGCUUCGGGGAGGAGAUUGCUCGCCUGCAGCACGCGGCAGAGCUGGUAAAGACAGUUGCAUCCCGCUACGACGAAUACGUGAGUGUAAAGGACCUCAGUGACAAGAUCAACCGAGCCCUCACGGCUGCCAAAAAAGACAAUGACUUUAUCUACCACGAUCGGGUACCUGAGAUCAAAGAUUUGGAGCACAUCGGCAAGGCAGCGUUGGUCAAAGCCACAACCAUCACGCCUCCACUCAGCCAGAAAUUUGCAGACUUGUUUGAGAAGAUGGUCCCCAUGGCGGUGCAGCAGUCCAUGAGCAUUUACAACCAGAGGAAGUCUGAGACUGUGAACAGACUGGUGGGAACCAUGAGAGAGGCGACUAAUCUCUGCAACGGGGUGUUGGCAUCCCUGAACCUGCCAGCAGCUCUGGAGGAUCUUUCAGGAGACUCUAUCCCACAAUCCAUUGCUGAAAAGGCGAGAUCCAUCGUGCAGCAGGGAGGACUGCAAAGCAUCGAGCAGCUGAUCAAAGACCUGCCUGAGCUUCUGACCCGCAACAGAGAGAUCCUGGACGAGUCUCUGAAGAUGCUCGACGAUGAAGAGACGACAGACAACGAGCUGAGGACCAAGUUCAACCAGCGCUGGAACAGAACCCCCUCUGGAGACCUUUACAAGCCUCUUCGUGCAGAGGGAGCUAACUUCCGUAACGUCUUGGACAAGGCCGUUCAGGCUGACCAGGUGGUGAAGGACCGCUACAACACUCACUGUGACAUGAUUGCCCUGCUUUGUAAACCGGAGAACGAGCUCAACGCUGCCAUUCCCUCUGCUAACCCCACCAAGACACUGCAGGGCAGUGAGGUCGUGAACGUGCUGCGCGCUCAGCUCGCCCAGCUGGACGAGAUAAAGAGAGAGAGGGAGACCAUGGAGGGAGAGAUUAAGGCUGUGACCUUUGACAUGUCCACCACCUUCCUGACGGCGCUGGCUCAGGACGGAGCCAUCAGCGAGGAGCAGCUGUCCCUCCCUCAGCUUGACCAGAUGUACGGCUCCUACAACCAGAGAGUGCAGGCCAGCCUCCGCUCACAGGAGGAGCUGCUGGGACAAGUUCAGACGGCCCACCAGGAGUUCAGCAGUCUGAAACAGUCCAACACGGAGGCCAACCAGAGGGAGGAGGUCCUAAAGAAGCUGGCCUCGGCUCAUGACAGCUACGUUGAGAUCAGCAGCAACCUGCGUGAAGGCACCAAGUUUUACAACGACUUGACAGAAAUCCUGCUGAAGUUCCAGAACAAAUGCAGCGAUAUUGUUUUCGCUCGCAAGACAGAGCGGGAUGAAUUACUUAAGGAGCUACAGCAGAGCAUUGCCCGAGAGCCCAGCGCUCCAUCCUUCAACGUCCCUGCCUAUCAGAGCAACCCAGGUGCUCCUGCAGCCGCCGCCGCCGCCACCGCUGGCCCCACUCCUGCACCCAGGACUGUCUUUAACCCUCAAGCCCCGCAACAGCAGCCCCAGUCCAAGCCAGUCUCCAACCCCCCCGCCAGGCCUCCUCCACCCAGCUUCAACCCUCAGGCAGCCUCCACCACCCCCGUUCCCACCAACACAGCGCCCACUGGCCCUCCAUUUGGCAACCCACCACCUGUGGCCCCACCAACACAAGCGCAGGGACCACCUUACCCCAGCUACCAGGGUUACCCAGGAUGCUACCAGAUGCCUAUGGGCUACAACCCCUAUGCUGCCUACGGCCAGUAUAACAUGCCCAACAUGCCCAACAUGCCCAACAUGCCCUACAUGCCCUACCAGACCACUCCAGGACAGGGAGGAUACCCAGGAGCCCCUCCGGCAGGACAGCCGUACCCCGGCUACCCCCAACAGCCUCCACAGCAUCAGCCUUUCUACCCUCAGCAAUAACUCUCCCCUUCAUCACCUCAUCCCUUUUCUCACCAGUUAACACCAAAUAAGAACGACCCCCAGCAAUAACACUUCAUCUCCUUUAGCUCCCUCCCCUGUCACUUUUUGUUUUCUCGCACUAACAGCAGCUUUCGAAACCUGAGUGAAAGGCGACGUCAGAGCUGAUUUGCACUUCUCUCUGAUCCCCUUUAUUCCUUCACCUCCUUCCUUUCCAUCUUUUCACAAAUAAUUUUUUGCUGUGUUCUGACGGCACUUUUCUAAAGAGAUCUCGACUUUCAGGAUGCACUAACCCCUCUUUUUGCUGUUAUGAGUUUUAUUUUUCAUGUAGUCAUCUCUAAAGGUUUUGUUAAUGGUUUAAUUUACAAACCUCACUGGUUUCCAUUGAUAACUGACUCUUUGUGCUGCAUUGCUGUACAACACUCGUAGAGACACACAGAAUCCUCGGAUGUUUCCUGGUUUGGGCGUAUGUAUUGGGUGGGCAGAUGGGUGGUGGUUACUAGUCAAAGGCACAGCCGCAUCCUCACUACCCACACUCACUCAAUCAACCCCUAGUGCUUCUAUAUCAACUAUAUUCCUAUUUUUGUAAUGAAUACUGCUGCCUCGCUGAUGUAUAAACCCUCUAAAAACGAAUGGCCUGUAGGUUUUCUAAUGUAGAUGAAGACUGUUGAGAGUUCUGCUCUCUUUCUCUCUUUUCUCUCUCAUCCAGGGAAUGUUGAUAUAUUUCUGUGUUACAAUCAGAGGCUGUAAAAGUGGGAGAAAUGGUUCUAUGAUAUAAAUAUAUGUAUAAAUAAGACUCUGUACGUGGUUAACCGAGACACUCUAUGUGCUGCACUCUCAUGCUGUUUGUGUUUAUUUUUACUCCUCAGCUCUAAUGUGAUUAAAAAAAAAACAACAACAACUGCCAA